GUGGCCUUGUGCAGAUAGUCGCCCCUCUCUCCCGGAGUCAAGUCUUCUCUCAGAGGCAGCACAUAGCAGGGAAAAUAAACCAGAAGUUUAGAGAUACAGAACAGGGAAAGAGAAAGAACUGAGGAGAGGGAGCUGUCUUCAAAAUACAUCUUAAUUUAGGCUGUAUGACAGUUUGAUACAGUCAUGGCUUCAGCAGCUUCACCAAAAAGGAUGGUGUCUUCUGUCUUCAUCACUCUGGCGUCUCCCUACCGAGCCACAGUAACACAGCAGCAGCCCGCCCUCCAGGCUCACAGUGCCUCGGCCAGAGACAAGCAGCAUGCUGCUCUGAGAGUCAGUCCAGGUGACAGCAAACCUGCCGUCAGACAUACAAGAGAGGAGCGAUCGCCAUCCCAGUCUUACAGCAGUGGGAACAGCAAAGAUCAGACUCAUUCAGAGGUGUCAGAAAGAACUUCAGACCCUCAGAGCCCCAAAGCUGCCCAACCUGGACCCAGCAGAGCACAGCUGCAAGAAGAACAAGACCAGAGCAGUGUUCCAGAGUUCUUCCCUCCUCCUCCUCCUGACGUCCUGCCUUCAUAUCCAACAUCGUCACUCUCUGAAGAAUCAGCACUUCCACCACCUCCUCCUGUCCAGACACCUCCUUCCCACCCCCUGACUUCAGGCCAGCAGCCAGUUUACAACAGACAGCUGGAAACAAGCACACCAUCUAGUGGGUUAAACCAAGAUGAACAAUCGAAUGGGAUCCACAAAAACAGUCCAGACACCAGCAGGGAGAGCAGAGACGUGUGUGGCUUCUGUCGGAAGCCCGUGACUCUUUCUGAACCUGCGAUCGAGGCUUUAAACAGGACUUAUCAUGACGGCUGCUUCCAGUGCAGAUCCUGUCACAUUCCCCUGGCUGGUAAACAGUACUACAACAAGGCAGGCAUCCCGCUCUGUGAAGACUGUUACCAGGCCAGUUUGGAGCUUUGCUGGGCGUGUGGGGAGGUCAUCACAGAUCACGUGAUCCGUGCACUAGAGCGAGCCUACCACCUCCCUUGUUUCACCUGCACAACAUGUAAACAGCAAAUUGGAGAGCAAGCUUUUGCUCAGGGAGAAGUUGGGGAAGUCUACUGCCUUCAGGACUAUUACAGGAAAUAUGCUCCACAGUGUAGUGCAUGUAACCGGCUAAUCAUUCCAAAGGAAGAUGGCACUGACAGCUAUACUGUUGAAUGUCUGGGACGUUCCUACCAUGAGAACUGCUACAGAUGUGAGGUCUGUGUCAUCCAGCUCUCUCCUGAACCUAACGAGCACGGCUGCUAUCCUUUAGAUGGGAAGAUGCUGUGCAAAUCCUGUCACCUGAACCUGGUUUCUGGCCAACACUAAUGCCGGGAAAAGAGCAGCUGCAGGAAAACUACCAGCUUCAAGGAGAUGGGAGCAUUUAAGACGAGCAUACGAAUGUCACAAACAGCUUCUCCAAUAGAGCGAUAAUUUCAUGGAUAUUUUUACAAUAUAUUUUGCUUUCUGAAGAUUCUCCUAUUCUUGUUUUAUACUUGAUCAUUUUGCACUCAAUAAACCCUAAAUUUUGCAAUUAUAUUUAUGCAACUGACUUAAAAACAUACGACAAUGACGAUCAGAAUUUUUGUACAUCUCAAUCAGUGUGCUGUUUCUCAAUUGCAUUAACCCUCCGUAAAAAAAAGAACUUUAGAUUAAAAAACAUUUAUGGAAAAAUAAAGUAAUAUAUUUUAUCUUGAGGCAGACUCAAUCAUUCAUAACAUUUGAUAAGUUGCACAUUUAGCCUCAGUAAGUAUCAAGAUGUGAAACUGCAGAGACAAACCACUGAACAGAUAAAGCAGAAACAAGCUUCUGCCUUAAUGACACUAAACUAUUCACACUGACUGAACACUAGAAACGUCUCAUUCAAAUCCCAGUUGAACUGUUUUAUUUAUAGCCUUUAUCUCAAAAUGUGGAAUUAUAUCUCUUUGUAUUAAUAAAAGACAUGUAUUAAAUCAUUUUCUGGAAAAAAA